UGGCAGACGAGAUGCCACGCUGUGUUGUUGAGUUAGGAUUUCUUGAAAAACGUGUGGCAUGGGCGCUAAAGAGCAGAUAUUUUCCCAGUAAAGUAGGUGGAAGACCAGCUUGGCUUCACUUGAAAGAUAUUCCUAAUGGCAAACGUCUUACGUGCCGUAACUGCGGUGAGCCAUGCGUUUUGCUGCUGCAAUUGUAUGCUCCGCGCGACGACGUCGAUUCUGCUUUUCACAGAACGCUCUUUGUGUUCGUUUGCGUAACUCCGAACUGUGCAAAUAAGCAUGACGCAGGCAGCUUUAUAGUUUUGCGGUCGCAGCUGGGCAAAGAGAACUCGUUUUACAGCAGCGAACCUCCCGUGGAAUCCCCCGACACUCCGAACAGCCCUUCGGCGGAAGAUUUCUGCAAAAUAUGCGCCGUAUGCGGUGCUUUAGGCGACAAGGCGUGCGCUAAGUGCCAUAGCCGUCACUAUUGUUCCAAGUCCCACCAAGUAUUGGAUUGGAAAGACGGUCACAAGGCACGUUGCAACUCGCAGUGCUUCGAUAGCUGCGAAAGGACUUCGGCGCCACUGUUUCCAGAGUAUGAGCUCGUUACAGAGACAGAAGACGACGUUUGCAUCAACGACGAACACUGCAAAACAGAUGAAGAAAGGCUGGCGGACUACUGUCAAUUUAUGACCAGUCAUCCGGAGUGUGAAAGUGACGGUGCAGAUGUCGCGGACCUGAACAAGAUGGCGGCAACCUGCCAAGAUAAGGUAUUUUGGAAGUUCAAGAAGACCAUUGAGAAAGCACCUGAUCAGGUGUUACGCUACAGUCUGGGUGGUACGCCUCUCCUGGUUGCGAGUAGAGGUGACCCUGGCGACGUGCCUUGUUGUUCGUGCGGUUCACAGAGGCAUUUCGAGUUCCAGGUUUUGCCGCAAUUGCUUAACAGCAUUACGGAGUCAACUAUCGAUAGCCUGGACUGGGGGACAUUAUUAGUCUAUACGUGCAAGGCCUCCUGCGACAGCGAACCAUACCAAGAAGAAUAUUUGUGGAAGCAAAAUUUAUGUGAUGAAUAGUCAUGAGCUUACCUGUGUGCGCCGAAUUUGGAAAAGUGUGAAGGAUGGGAUGUUUUUACGGCGGGCCAAGCUCACCGUUUAACAAAGCAAAAAGAACGCUGACAGCCCGGAGAAGCUUCAAAUGUAUGGACACUGUCACGGGGAUGCGUGCGUUUGCGUGGACGCUAUUGAAGUAUGUAUCACACAAUUCUGCACAUAGUGCAUUUAACCAAUAACUAUCGCUUUGCACAUAAAUAAAAGUGGUCUUGUCAAUAA